AGAGAGAGAGGCAAACAGCAGUGGGGAAGACAAAAACGGAUCAGCAAGGCUCCAAGGCAGCCUGGAGGCAAGGCUGCUGAGAACGUGACACUUUCCAGACCCCAGCCAGCAUGGUUGUCCUGAAUCCAACGACUUUGGGAAUUUAUCUUCAGCUUUUCUUCCGCUUUGUCGUGUCUCAGCCUACUUUCAUCAACAGUGUCCUCCCAAUUUCAGCAGCCCUUCCUGGCCUGGAUCAGAAGAAACGUGGCAGCCACAAAACAUGCUGCCUGCUGACACCUCCUCCGCCCCCCCUGUUCCCACCACCAUUCUUCAGAGAAGGCCGAAGUCCGCUUCUCUCCCCAGACAUGAAGAAUCUCAUCCUGGAACUGGAGACCACGCAGUCCCCGUGUGUCCAAGGAUCACUCGGCUCCCCUGGGCCUCCCGGCCCCCAGGGUCCACCGGGGCAUCCAGGCAAGACAGGACCAAAGGGAGAAAAGGGGGAGCUUGGCCGACCAGGAAGGAAGGGUAGACCUGGCCCCCCGGGUGUUCCUGGUAUGCCUGGGCCCAUCGGCUGGCCUGGCCCUGAAGGACCCAGGGGCGAAAAAGGUGACCUGGGUCUGAUGGGCUUACCAGGGUCAAGAGGACCAAUGGGCUCCAAGGGCUACCCUGGAUCCAGAGGGGAAAAGGGAUCCAGAGGUGAAAGGGGUGACUUGGGUCCCAAAGGAGAAAAGGGUUUCCCGGGAUUUCCUGGAAUGUUGGGGCAGAAAGGUGAAAUGGGUCCAAAGGGUGAACCUGGGAUAGCAGGACACAGGGGACCCACAGGAAGACCAGGAAAACGAGGCAAGCAGGGACAGAAGGGAGAUGGUGGAGUUAUGGGUCCACCAGGCAAGCCUGGGCCUUCUGGUCAACCUGGCCGUCAGGGUCCCCCAGGCCCUCCAGGUCCCCCAUCCACAGGACAACUUACAAUGGGACCCAAAGGCGAAAGAGGAUUUCCAGGGCCUCCAGGAAGAUGUCUUUGUGGAACCCCCGUGAAUGUGAAUAACCCUUCUUAUGGGGAAUCCGUGUAUGGGCCCAGCUCCCCGAGAGUCCCUGCGAUUUUCGUGGUCAACAACCAGGAGGAGCUUGAGAGGCUGAACACCAAACAUGCCAUCGCCUUCCGCAAAGACCAGAGGUCCCUGUACUUCAAGGACAGCGUUGGCUGGCUCCCCAUCCAGCUGACCCCCUUCUAUCCUGUGGACUACUCUGUAGACCACCGCGGCUCCUGUGGGGACGGGGUCCUGCAGCCCGGGGAGGAGUGUGACGACGGGAACGAUGAUGUGGGUGACGACUGCAUCAGCUGUCACCGGGCAUACUGUGGAGAUGGUCACCGGCACAAGGGCGUGGAAGACUGUGACGGCUCUGACUUUGGCCACCUGACGUGUGAGACCUAUCUCCCUGGGUCAUAUGGGGACCUGCAGUGCACCCCGUACUGCUACAUCGACUCCACACCCUGCCGCUACUUCACCUGAGGCUGCCAGGAGGUGGCUGCAUCGCACGUACCUGCAGCAGCGUCUCCACCCUCAUUCAACUGACCUCAUACCGUCCUGGUCCAGUUUC